UACAGCACAGCUAUUAUGAUGAGUCUUCGACUUAAUGAGAAAUUAUUAACCAGAGAAGUUAUCGAAUCUAUACCAAGCGAUAAUAUUGAACUGAUCAGCCAAAACCUGCCAAUCAAAUAUGUUGACAAGAUCCUCAUAUUUCUUGCAUCGGAGCUUGAGACAUCCGGUCACAUCCACUUCAUCCUGAUGUGGAUCCGGUUCCUUCUCACCAAACAUGGUCCCGCACUCAAAUCUGACUCCAACCACAUGAUGGCAGCAAUGAGACAUCUCCAGAAAAAUUUAACGCGAAAAUCUGACACUAUUUUAAAAUUAAUGGACGCCAACUUCUAUCAAAACCAAUACGUGAUAGCUCUUGCUAAACUGAAGCGGAAUCGCUUGGAUAUUUCUCAACCAUCUGAUGAAGUCGACAGUGAAAUUAUUUGCGAACUUGAAUAAUGCGUAAUACAGAUUUGGAUCACUCACAAACUUUACAAUCAAUUAUUAAUUGUUUCUGUUAGUGUCGCGAUAUAUUUGUUCCGCAUAUUGAAUUUGUACCGAGCGCCAUUGCGCAUACGCCGAAACGCUACUGCGAUAUUAUAAUGACCACCCGUUUUAACUUUAAUACCAGAGUUCGUAUAUAAACAUGUUUAUAUACGGACUCUGUUUAAUACGACCCUACGCUGAAAACAGUCCGCACAGAACGUUUACAUGUUUAAAAAAGUGCAAUAGAUAUGUGUUGCCGUAUAGAAGAGAAUAGAACUUUUCAGAAAUCGCCAAGGCUCACAACUUUGCAGUACUGUAGUCGGUUAAAAAUAGACACUUGAUUUAACGGAUACAGCUCUCUUGUUAUAUACAAAAACAAACAGCGACCACUAACGGACCAAUGAUUUCAUUAUUUUAUCCAUUCCAACUUUCGUUCGUAUGUGUGUUUGUUACAGUUUGUACUGUAAGGAACUUUAUUUGUUGAUUGUGUUUUUGUUGUAGAUACCACCAGCCGUUUUUAUUUAGGCCUACAUAUAUAUUUCGACUUAAAUAUCAUGAAUUCUGAGUUUAUUAAUGAUUUAUUGGAAUGUUCUGUCUGUUUGAAACCGCUGGAUCAACAGAAUAAGGUCCUCCCAUGUCAACAUACGUUCUGUAAAUCUUGUCUUUUUUCCAUUGUGCGCUCACACAAGGAGUUGCGUUGUCCUGAGUGUCGGGUCCUCGUUAAACAAAAAGUUGACGAUCUCCCGGCAAACAUUCUCCUCAUUCGUUUAUUAGACGGAAUCAAAUCACAAGAAUCUAACAAACCACAGCAACCCGCUGAAAAAACGGAGUUUCGUCGACAUUCGGUUGAAGGUAUACUAACCUCCUCCAUACCCGCAAGUGGUGGGGCAAAGGAUGGUGGUAAUGGGGAGGGGGGGAGGAUAAGUACAAGGAGGAACAACAGACAUACCGUGCAUGAGCGAUCUGGUAGUGAACCUCACACUACAAGUGGUUUGCAGAUUCCCACACAAAGCCGACCUCAUGCAAGAGCAAUACACAACUAUGAUUCCCAAGUACCAAGUGAUCUUUCAUUUAAGAAAGGUGACCUAAUAAUGUUGAUUAAGAAGAUAGAUGAAAACUGGACGAGUGGGGAAUGCCAUGGGAAGAUGGGAGUAUUUCCAACUAAUUAUGUGGAGAUAAUCCACCCUUUACCCACCGAGAGACCUUAUUGUUUUGCUUUGUAUGAUUUUGAAUCGAGCGAUGCAGAGAAAGAUAGAGACUGUCUCACUUUUUCAAAGAACGAAAAGAUCCUGGUAAUACGAAGAGUUGAUGAGAAUUGGGUUGAAGGAAUGUUGAGAGAUAAGAUUGGGAUAUUUCCUCUAUCUUUUGUUAAGUUAAGUGAGGAAGCUCGUAAGUUGUUCGAAGAUCUCCACAUCUCGGAUCCGCAUCCUGGGAGCAAGAACGAUGGUGAUGGUAAAGAUAAAGGAACAUUGGGAGCAGCAGCACGGAAGAUCUUAAGUAGCAAACCUGGAUAUAAAAGUAACAAGAAACGACAUUCGUUUCCAACAUUUCAAGCAGCUAAAGCAUCGGGUGAAGCCGUACCUCCCACCACAUACAGACAUUCCAUGGAGUUAGGAGCAUCAGCAAGUAUUCCAACUUCUAAACAUGGAACAACAUCUAAUACAAAUCCAACAGUGGAUUCAGAUUUCCAAAAUCCAACAAAUCCAAGUCAGACUUCCCGUGUUGAUAAUACUGUGAGGGGGGGUGGUGGUGAAAUAAACAUAGCAAGCUCUCCUACAAGUAUAAAGAUGCCGAUGAGGGUUUCUUCCAAUGUUCAUAUACUACAGUGUCGUACUGGUAACGGUGAUCAUGGUAAACCAACUGAACGAUCGCCACGUGCGUCAAUUCCGUUACCAAGCUCUGGGAAAAUAGUGACAGCUUCAUACUCGUACCAUGCUGAGAAACCCGAUGAAUUAGAAUUAUUGAAGGGUGAAAGUUAUCAAAUAACUGAGAUAUGCAACGAUGGCUGGUGUAGAGGGGUUCAUAUCAAGAGUGGAAAGUCUGGUGUUUUUCCCGGCAAUUAUGUGGCAAGCAAUAUAAAAAGCCAACCAACCCAAUCAACCAAACCUGACAACUCAACACCAAACAACCCAACCAUGACACAGGAUCAACAAGGAUCAUCCAAACAUCCGCCUCCACGACCUAAGGUUCCUCCCAUUAAGAUCCCAACAUCUAAUGGAGGAUCAAGAGCAGAGUCAUCCUC